AUGUCGGCAUCUCUGGAUUCAGCUUUGGAUCCCAUGGAAGAGAUAAGGUUUAGAAAAAAACACGGAACAAUGUGGAUUGAAAUGCAGAAAUAUACUCAUUUUACUUUUGACGAAUUGGAACAAAUCAUGAUCAUAUUCUUCAAAAUACAGAAACGCGAUGAGAAACCGGCUGGAAGUGACUUAAUAUCCAGGGCACAUUUCCGCGAUGUUCUUCACACUGGCCUUGGUAUGACGGACGCUUAUAUGAUGGAGCGAGUCAUGGUCGCUUUGGACCGAGGCACGUCCCCAUAUGUGACCAUGUCUACGUUUGCUAAAGCUAUGUCGCUGUACCUACGUGGUGACUUAGAGGAACGGAUAAAUUAUGCCUUCACGUGUUACGAUUUACUCGGUGAAGGGCAUUUGAGGAGGGAGACCAUGUAUCAAUUGAUGAAGAAGAGUUUAGCGAAGGCCUCGAGGGAUGACGACGUCGAGGAGGCCGUUAAGGAGUUAGUUGAUAUUAUGCUUAAGCGAAUGGAUGUUGACCUGGAUGGUGUUAUCAACUUUCAAGACUUCCACACAUCAGUCGUGAACACGCCCUCAUUGCUCGAGAGCUUGGGUUACUGCCUCCCAGAAAGGCCAGCGGUCUUUUCAUUUCUGACAACUUGGUGUCCCACAUGGGGCAAAAUGUAAACCAUACAUGUCAAACAAAUAAUCCCUUGGUAAACAAUUAAUUUUGAAAUAUUUUGUUUAUUUCAACCGUACAAUAAAAUUA